AUGCUUUCCACACAAUUGCCACCAUUCCUCUCUUUCAUUCCCUCCCCUAACAUUCAUCCCUUCACCUUCACUUUUUCCCCACGUUUAUCACUUCUUUCACUCUCCCCCCCCCACACACACACACUUGGCAUUAACUCACUAUAUCUAUUUCUCCUCCCCUCCUCUGCAUUAACUCACUAUCUCUCUCUUUUUUGUUUACCCUAUCAUUCUCUUUCUUUCCCCACCUCCAUGCUUACCCACACUCCUACUCAUUCUUUCCCUUAUUCCCUCUCUUUCUUUCCACCACUCCUUUUUUCUCUCUUCACUCCACUAUCACCUCCCAUUCCCUCUUUUUCAUUCCCCACUCCCUCUUUCUUUCCAGCAUUUACCAACUCUCCUUAUCUUUAUUUGCUGCCUCUGCCUCUCUUUUCCACCCAGCAUUUGCUGCCUCUCCCUCCUCUUUUCCACCCAGCAUUUGCCGCCUCUCCCUCCUCUUUUCCACCCAGCAUUUGCCGCCUCAAUCCCUUCUUCCCCCCCAUGUUUGCCACCUCAAUCUUUUCUUCCCCCAUGUUUGCCGACUCAAUCUCUUCUCCCCCACCCCCAUGUUUGCCACCUCUCUCUCUCCAUCUGCCCCUCCUCAUAUCACAUUUGUAUUGUUAUUUUUUGUUUGUUUUUAAUUUCUUCUUUAUUUUCUUUCCUUUUUCUUCCUUUCUUUUUCUCUUCACUUUAUUUCUCUUUUACUCUUCUCUCUCUCUUGCUCUUCUCUCUUGCUCUUCUCUCUUGCUCUUCUCUCUUGCUCUUCUCUCUUGCUCUUCUCUCUGUCUCUCUUGCUCUUCUCUCUGUCUCUCUUGCUUCUCUCUCUCUCUCUUGCUCUUCUCUCUGUCUCUGUCUCUGCUCUUCUCUCUCUCUCUUCUCUGUCUCUUUGCUCUCUGUCUCUCUUGCUCUUCUCUCUGUCUCUCUUGCUCUUCUCUCUGUCUCUCUUGCUCUUCUCUCUGUCUCUCUUGCUCUUCUCUCUGUCUCUCUUGCUCUUCUCUCUGUCUCUCUUGCUCUUCUCUCUCUCUGUCUUCUCUCUGUCUCUUCUCUCUCUCUGUCUCUCUUGCUCUUCUCUCUGUCUCUCUUGCUCUUCUCUCUGUCUCUCUUGCUCUUCUCUCUUUCUCUUCUCUCUUUUUGUCUUUUUUUUCUCCUUUUUUUUCUAGUCCAGGCUCAGCUCCCUUUCAUUAUGAAGAACCUGCCAUCACCGAGAGAAACAACUGUGAUUAUUCCAUAAAAAUUACUUUGGAAAUGGCAAAAAGAGAUGAAGGUCGAAAAGUUCGAGUGUAUGCUGAUGGUAUUUAUGAUAUAAAUUUUCUUUAUUUCAAUAAAUGCCAAUUUUUCUGUGAUAUUGUUUACCCGAUUCCUUGUGAUUUGUUUCUCUCCCUCUUUUUCAUUACUUUGCAACCUUACUCUCUCACUUUUUCUCUCAUUCUUUGCCAAUCUCACUAUCUUAGCUCUGGAAAAUAUGAUAAUUGGCUGCACUCUUCUGUCUGUCUGUCUGUCUCUCUCUCUCUCUCAAAUAUUUUGCUCUCGCUGAAAUAUUUCGCUCGCUCUCUCUCUCUCACACAUUUCACUUUCUCUCUCUCUCUCUGUAAUAUUUUGCUUUCUCUCUCUCUCUCUCCAAUAUUACACUCGUUCGCUGUCUCUUCAAUAUUACGCUCGUUCUCUCUCUCUCUCUCUCUCUCUCUCUCUCUCUUUCUCAAUCUAUCAAUCUAUCUCUCUCUCUCCAAUAUUACGCUCUCUCUCUCUCUCUCUCUCUCCAAUAUUUCAUUUUCUAUCUCUCUCUCUCUCUCAAAUAUUUCAUUAUCUAUCAAUCUCUCUCUCUCUCUCAAUAUGUUUCAUUAUCUAUCAAUCUCUCUCUCUCUCAAUAUUCAUUAUCUUCUCUCUCUCUCUCUCAAUAUGUUCAUUUAUCUAUUCUCUCUCUCUCUCAAUAUUCAUUUAUCUCUCUCUCUCUCUCAAUAUGUUCAUUUAUCUAUUCUCUCUCUCUCUCAAUAUGUUCAUUAUCUAUCUCUCUCUCUCUCUCUCAAUAUGUUCAUUUCGUUCUCUCUCUCUCUCUCAAUAUUUUCAUUUUAUCUAUCAAUCUCUCUCUCUCUCUCAAUAUUCAUUCGUUCUCUCUCUCUCAAUCUCUCUCUCUCUCUCUCUCUCUCUCAAUUCAUUAUCUAUCAAUCUCUCUCUCUCUCUCAAUAUUUCAUUAUCCUUCAAUCUCUCUCUCUCUCAAUAAUAUUUAUCUAUCAAUUCUCUCUCUCUCUCAAUAUUUCUCGUUCUCUCUCUCUCUCUCUCUAUAUCUGUUCUUAUCUAUCAAUCUCUCUCUCUCUCUCUCAAUAUGUUCAUUAUUCUCUCUCUCUCUCUCCAAUAUUACGCUCGUUCUCUCUCUCUCUCUCCAAUAUUACGCUCGUUCUCUCUCUCUCUCUCAAUAUGUUCAUUAUAUUCUCUCUCUCUCUCUCUCAAUAUUUCAUUAUCUAUCGUUCUCUCUCUCUCUCUCUAUCAAUCUAUCUCUCUCUCUCAAUAUAUUCAUUUCGUUCUCUCUCUCUCUCUCUAUCAAUCUAUUCUCUCUCUUCUCUCUCUCUCUCUCCAAUAUUACGCUCGUUCUCUCUCUCUCUCUCCAAUAUUUUCAUUAUCUAUUCUCUCUCUCUCUCUCUCAAUAUGUUCAUUAUUCUCUCUCUCUCUCUCUCUCAAUAUUUCUCGUUCUCUCUCUCUCUCUCUCUAUAUUUCAUUAUCUAUCAAUCUCUCUCUCUCUCUCCAAUAUGUUUCAUUUAUCUCGUUCUCUCUCUCUCUCUCAAUAUUUCAUUAUCUAUCUCUCUCUCUCUCUCUCAAUAUUUUUCAUUAUCUCUCUCUCUCUCUCUCUCAAUAUUCGCUCGUUCUCUCUCUAUCUCUCUCUCUAUCAAUAUCAUUCUCUCUCUCUCUCUCUCAAUAUUUUCAUUAUCUAUCAAUCUCUCUCUCUCUCUCUCUAUCAAUCUAUUCUCUCAAUAUUUCGUUCUCUCUCUCUCUCUCUCUCAAUAUUUCAUUCGUUCUCUCUCUCUCUCUCAAUAUUUCAUUCGCUCUCUCUCUCUCUCUCUCAAUAUUUUCAUUAUCUCAAUCUCUCUCUCUCUCUCAAUAUUCGCUCAUCUCUCUCUCUCUCUCUCAAUAUCUCUCUCUCUCUCUCUCUCUCUCAAUAUAUUAUCAUUUCUCUCUCUCUCUCUCUCAAUAUGUUCAUUUCUCUCUCUCUCUCUCUCAAUAUGUUCAUUAUCUAUCAAUCUCUCUCUCUCUCAAUAUUUUCGCUCUAUCUCUCUCUCUCUCUCUCAAUAUUUUUUCAUUCUCUUCUCUCUCUCUCAAUAUUUUCAUUUAUCUAUCAAUCUCUCUCUCUCUCAAUAUAUUUCAUUAUCUAUCAAUCUCUCUCUCUCUCAAUAUGUUUCAUUAUUCAAUCUAUCUCUCUCUCUCAAUAUGUUUCAUUUAUCUCUCUCUCUCUCUCUCAAUAUCUAUCAUUCUCUCUCUCUCUCAAUAUUACAAUCUAUCUCUCUCUCUCCAUGUUCCUUAUCUAUCAAUCUCUCUCUCUCUCUCAAUAUAUUUCAUCGUUCUCUCUCUCUCUCUCAAUAUAUUUCAUCGUCUCUCUCUCUCUCUCUCAAUAUUUCAUUAUCUCUCUCUCUCUCUCUCUCUCAAUAUGUUCAUUCGUAUCAAUCUCUCUCUCUCUCAAUAUUUCAUUAUCUAUCAAUCUCUCUCUCUCUCUCCAAUAUUAUCUAUCAAUCUCUCUCUCUCUCUCAAUAUAUUUCAUUAUCUAUCUCUCUCUCUCUCUCUCAAUAUUUCAUUAUCUAUCAAUUCUCUCUCUCUCUCAAUAUAUUUCAUUUCUCUAUCUCUCUCUCUCUCUCUCUCUCAAUAUUUCAUUUAUCUAUCUCUCUCUCUCUCUAA